GCGCAGAAAUUGCUGGUCACAGGAGCCACAAUGGCGAUUGUAGUCUCCUUCUGAUAGGGCUGUGGAUGAUAUGAAAUCCACUAGCAUCGCCCUAAAUAUAGGCCUGGUUGAUUCCCAGAGCCAUUUAUAAUAAACUGGAACAUCUACUGCACACGAAAAUACUAUGAUUUCUAAUCAAUAUUGACUUUAUAGGGGAUAAAAGUUACAUUAAAGGGAACAUGUAAACAGUACCAACCGGGUCAAGUUUUCAUUUUGGUCGAGAAACGAGCGUCUUUUAAUGAAGACGUUUGCUUGUUUCUGAAUGCAAAGACCGUAAUUCUGUGGAAUAAAAACACCUUUACUUAACUUGCCACCGGACAAGGACACCUUUCACAAAGGGACUUUUUUCUUUUUUUACGAGUCUGCUCGCUAGCCGCCGAGCAUUAGCUAGCGGUGCUAGCUAAAUUGAGACGGAGACGACAUCACAAUGCUCCGAUGUUUCUUUGGGAUCUUUUUCAUUCACUAAUUCAAAGUACAUACUUUACAGCACUGGAAAACCGCCGUGGCAUUUUUCCUGCUUUGACGACCUAUUUUGGCGAGCUCAAUGGAAUGAAUCGGCGCUGAGGAGGACUGGACGUGAGCGGCCUGGUGUUUAUUUUGUGUAUUUUCUUGCCCUGUUUCUGCUUAGGAACACUUUUGUUUUUGGCAUUUCGAGUAGCUACUGUUUUCCUGUGAAUGAAUUGCCGGGACCACCUAGGCCUAAUUGCAGGAGAGGUGCCGGCGUGAGGGAUGCCUGGGUCGGACCGACACCAUGGGACCAAGAGGAAGCCGGAAUCUAAUAUCAUCGGUGUGCCACACCAGACUCAGGCCCCGACUCAUACCUCUGCGGGAGACAAGACGAGCAAAGAAGGCAAGUUGCAGUUAAAAUCUCAAAUGUCCUCUUCCUCUUCAAAACGCAAACGGCAUAAAUCAACCAAACAUAAUCGGGAAUCCUCGGCGACACCGGGACCCGAAUAUUUUACCCUCGGCGAUACGGCGCCACCUGGUGUGAACACGGUGAAGCCUCUGGUGGAGUACGAUGAUAUCAGCUCCGACUCGGACACUUUUUCGGACCCACCGUCCUCCAGGCCUUCGGAGAGGGGGGGUGGGGACCGACUGGAGCUCUCACCAGACUACGAUAGGGACGAUAUCGGCAAAGAAGCUGGCAGCAGAGAGAACAGGGGGCACAGACACUCCCGAAAAAAGUCCAAGGACCCCAACAAAGUUAGAGACCCUGGGAAUGGGGAGCGUGGGUACAAGAAAAAGAGCAGCAAAGACGGUGAGAAGGGGAGUUCUGGGAAGAGCAAGGAGAAGGCUGCCGCAUCAGGGCCCUCAUCCAAACGCCAGGUCCAGCCAGAGGCUAACUCUAAACGUGGGGAGCUGAUGCUCUCCACCCAGGUACAGCCUGCAGCUGCAGCCAGUGUAGGUAGCACUACUUCCUCCACAUCCUCAUCUCGCAGCAAGGAGAGCAGCCGCUCAGGGAAAUCUCGCAAAGACAAACAACAGCGAAAAGAAGGCCGAGGAGAGGGCAGCAGCCGCAGCUCUUCCCAGAGGAGCCGAGCAGACAGAAGCCACCGCAAGUCCGCCAAGAGCCACAAGUCAAGCCCCAAGGGCAAGUCUUCAAGUAGGAGUAGCCCUCGCAGGAAGGGCACCAGCUCUGCUCUUUCGCCCAGUCCCAGAAGAGGGGCUGGCAGCGAGAGUCCGCAGGGCAGUGGGUAUGGGCAGCAGGGGGAUGACAGCUACUCCAGACGUAGGGUAGCCCAGCAGAGCCCCAGUCCAUACGGGGAUAUGUCCCGGCGCAGCAGACAACGAUCAGACAGCCCCUAUGGCAGCAGACACAGGUCCUCCAGCUAUGAGAGGGACAGCAGCCCUUACUCCAGGAGACGCUCCAUCAGCCCCUAUGGUAACCGCAGGUCCUCUAGCACCAGCCCCAUGUCUAGACGCUCUGGCCGCUCCAGGAGUCGCUCCCCUCCGCACUACUCAUCUUCUCGUCGCUCCUCCUCUCGUUCCCGUAACAAGAGGCAUACUUCCUCUGCUGGCGUAGGGGGGAGCUCCCACAGCAAUCGGCCAACUAGCCGCUCCCCUCCCUCCUCCCGCCUGCCGCUUAACUCCAGCCUGGGAGCAGAGCUGACGCGCAGGAAGAAGGAACGCCAGGCUGCUGAGGCUGCCGCCCGUGCCAGUGGUGGUGCUUCGCCUCUUCCGUCAGCACGUAAACAUGCAGGCUCCUCCUCCUUACGGCCCACUAAAGUCGAGACACCACAGUCGGAGAGAGACUCUGCAACAAUAGCAGAACCUCUGGCCCCACCACCUGCGCCAUUACACCAGGAUGCUCCGAGUGGUGAAGAUCAGGUUACUGCACCUCCGCCUUCCUCUUCCACCUCCUCUCCUGCACAUCCUCCUCCUCCUCCUCAGCAGCCCUCUCCUCCUGUGCCGCCUGGUCCAGUCACCCAGGUUCCACCACCGCCACCUCAUGCAGAAACAAGUAUUCAGCCUCCGACACCCUCAACCACAUCCCAGGCCAAAUCGCCUGCUCCGGUUCCUACACGCAGCCCCGUCCGCCCGACCCCGCUCCACAAGACGUCGACUCUGCCUCCCCUGCCUUUACCACCUGCACUGCUGGGAAACACUCAGGGCAGUCCAAAGAAGUCCACCCCUCCGCAGAGAUUAUCUAGGAAGGAGAAGGAAGUUCGCAGCCGGCCAUCACUAAUUGACCUUCCUUUACCACCCACUCUGCCUGGAGGGGGCUCCUCACCCCCACAGUCCCCCAUCCGCCAGGCUCCACCGCUACCCCAGCCAGCCCUUAAGAAGAGACCAAAGAUUUGCUGCCCACGAUAUGGUGAGCGCAAACAUACCCAGAGUGAUUGGGGCAAACGCUGUGUAGACAAAUUUGAUAUAAUUGGCAUCAUAGGGGAAGGCACAUACGGUCAGGUGUACAAGGCCAAGGACAAAGACACUGGUGAACUGGUGGCUCUAAAGAAAGUGCGUUUGGACAAUGAAAAGGAGGGUUUUCCCAUCACAGCCAUUAGAGAGAUCAAGAUCUUGCGGCAGCUCAAGCACCGCAGUGUUGUCAACAUGAAGGAGAUUGUCACCGACAAGCAGGAUGCACUCGACUUUAAAAAGGACAAAGGUGCUUUUUACCUUGUGUUUGAGUACAUGGACCAUGACCUGAUGGGCCUGCUGGAGUCAGGCCUGGUCCACUUCUCCCAUGAGCAUGUCCGCAGCCUCAUGCGCCAGCUGAUGGAGGGCCUGGACUAUUGCCAUAAGAAUAACUUCCUUCACAGAGACAUCAAAUGCUCCAACAUACUUCUAAACAACAGAGGUCAGAUCAAACUUGCUGACUUUGGUUUGGCCCGGCUUUACAAUUCAGAAGAAAGUCGGCCGUACACUAAUAAAGUAAUCACACUAUGGUACCGCCCCCCUGAACUCCUGCUGGGAGAGGAGAGAUACUCUCCAGCCAUUGACGUAUGGAGCUGUGGAUGUAUUCUGGGAGAGCUCUUUACCAAGAAGCCCAUCUUCCAAGCUAACCAGGAGCUUCUACAGCUGGAGCUCAUCAGUCGUCUGUGCGGGAGUCCCUGUCCUGCAGUCUGGCCUGACGUCAUUAAACUUCCCCUCUUCAAUACCAUGAAACCCAAGAAGCAGUACAGACGGCGCCUGCGGGAGGAGUUUGCCUUUUUACCUUCUACUGCCCUGGACUUGCUAGACCGAAUGCUGACCCUAGAUCCUGCGCGGCGCUGCACAUCGGAGCAAGCUCUCAACAGUGACUUCCUGUGUGACAUUGAGCCCAGCAAGAUGCCGCCGCCAGAUCUUCCUCACCAUCAGGACUGCCACGAGCUGUGGAGUAAGAAGAGACGGCGUGCACGUCAAAGCGGGCUGCCCGAAGAUGUGCCUGUGCCCAAAGUGCCCCGUAAGGAUGCGACAGGGACCUCCAGCGGAGAGAACAGCCGGCCCCAAACCAGCCCGGCUGGAGCCCCGCCGCCUCCACCCGGAAAACCACCCUCCACAGCCAACUUAGAGCGUGAGUUGUCAGGCCUGGGAGUUGCCGCAGAACAGUUGAACCAGGCAGAGAUGGCGGUACUGCUGAACCUCCUCCAGGGACAGACGGACCUCAGCCUGCCACAGGUGGCCCAGCUCCUCAACCUCUCCAACCCAGAGGCUCUCAGUCAGUCUUUGUCUGCCCUCAGUGAGGCCUCUGACCACCAGGGGGCUCCAGAGGACCAGGCCCAGUCUACUGCCAGGGCCCAGCCACCUGAGCCGCCCCCUGAACCCCAGGAACUCUCGCCGACAUCCGGAGACCCACCACUCAGCCAGGAAGAUCAGGCAAACCUGUUGGCCCUCAUUUUGGGCCACAUCAUCAAGCCACAAACCGAGGAGCAAGGCGAUGAGAGCAAUGGCGUCCAGUCAGAGGAGGCACUAACCCGCGAUUCGUCUGCCUCUACUACUGAUCACAAGGAUGGUGCAGCAUCAAAAAGGAAACCGCUUGAGGCCAGCCAGGUGCCUCUAUCUGUUGAGCGUCCUCCCUCUCCACCUGGGCCACCUCCGUCAGCUCUCCUCCUUGGAAAUGCCCAGCAGGCGGGGUCUGAAACCCAGCCCAGCCAGGACAUCAGCCCUGCUGUGGCAGCUGCCUUACUCCAGCUCAUGUCUCAGCAGGACUCGGAAACUGGGGCCCCUCAGCGCAGUAAGGACCCCUCUCCUGCUGUGGAUGCUCCGGCCCGGGGACAGCCCCCUCCACCCUGGGUUGCAGAUUCUCCGCCUAAACCUUCGGCUGCAGCUGAGGCCCCAGCAGGACUGGUGACUGAUGCGCCUACCACUGCAGCGCAGUUCCCUAAGGACCAAGACCUCCGCUUUUCCCAUGGAGCUGCCCGCUGACCCUAAAUCCCCCGGUGAGAUAGACCUAGGUAUCUUGGACUGGCUCCAGCAAUCCUGGCCUGAAGGGAGAGGCAGAGGAAGAAUGCAAACGGACACCUACAGAUUAUGAUGUAGGUUCCAGAUUAUCACUGGACCAUGAGCAGGUAGCUAAAGUUGAAUCAAAGAUUUUGAAGAUGAAUGUCUGAAAGAAAGAGAUUAAGGGCCUUUUCAGGUCAUGAACAUCGCUGCCCUCUGAACAAACUGUUGUGUUGUAUUGGAAGGCAUUUGGACCUGGGGUCUAGCCUUUAAUAAUCUAACUAAGGACAGUCACCACCUGCAAUCCCUUGCUCCUUCCUGUCCACCGAGGGUCCAGACUUGAAUGAAUUUCAGCUUCCAAAUUGAGUGCCAUGCAUCUGACACUCAACUUAGAAAGCAGCUGUGAUCUUUUUUUUUCUCCCUAAAAUAAAUGAUUGUCAUGUCCACUGCAGUGCCCAAGUCUAACAAAGUUAUCAGUGUUUUGGCAAAUGAAGUCACUGUCCUCUACUGUGUGAUGGAAGAUUAGCUGAAGCUGAAAUACUGUAUGUGGGUCUAUUUGAGGCAAUGAGUAACUGACUGGAGGACCAUGCGUUUCCCAUAGAAUCUUACUUGCUGGCUAGCUCCCCUUUUUUCAGCCUUGUGCCUCCUUUGUGACCCCAGCGACCCCUGAAUGAGCUCGGCCUAGUGGGGAAAUGUGGGUUAAGUUUCUGCUUUGGGUGGCACCUACAACAGUGUACAUCUGCAGGACUGUGUUUUUUUAUUUUGUUUUACCCAGAGGCUGUAACACAUUAUAUUCUGUCUGUCAUCAACCCAACUGCAAUGUGUUCCUGGAGUUUCCUAUCUUUACAUACAACCUCUGUGUCGUAACAAGCCUAAGCCUGGUAUUCACUUUCACGUCUCAAAUAUGGAUUAGACUACCACAUUAUGAUUGACUGCUCCAUACUACACGCUAUUCUGCUAGUUGAAGUACAAAGUUAGAAACAUAUAUACACACCCACAGAAACUGAUUUUUCCAUCUUUCCCUGGUGGGUUCUGAAAGCCUUGUCUAAUACUGUAUGUUGUCGCCUCCCUGCCAACUUGUGCAACAAAAGCUUUUUCUUUUUUGGUGCAGUUAUUUUCUACAUAAAGAAAGGUGAAACAUGCUUAAAAAAAUAAUGGUCCAUGGUUGUGUUUCCAUUUUUUGCUUUGGAAAAGGAAAGGGAGGAGGAAAUGGUUUCACGUGUCUGUAAAAAGAAAAGAAUAUUUUGUAAUAUGUGUUUUCUUGGUUCAGUUUAUUAAAGGAAAGGAAUGUGACCAGUCAAA